AUGGCGACACGAACGCAAACUCAAACGGUUCGGCGACAACCAGUCAAUCAAUCGAGAACAUAUGAUUAUUUAUAUGAUCCAUUACACAAUGUUGCUAGUGAAAGAGAUCAUGCAAGGGCUACGUUUAAAGCUCAUACCAGCUCAGAUAGAGUUAAACUGGUUCCAAAUGCUAAAACUAUGUUUAGUGAACUGCGACAUCAUCCAAGAUUUCAGAUGCGUCUUGAAGUCAAUGAUCCAGUUCCUAAGUUUAUAUCUCGACAAUGGAGAGGGUAUGCUGACCAACAACGUGAUGCUUUGAUCAGAUAUAAAACAUUUAAUUAUGAUCCAUCAGUACAGGUACCUCAGAAAGUCUUUCCUGAUGCAGAAGUUACUGGUAGAAACAGAUACAAGUAUGCUAAACGGCCUAUGAUUCCAUUCUUACAACAAGUUCCUCCUGAAGUUCUGCUAGCCACAGCCAGACAAGAUCCACUAUCAAGUCAAGAACAGGGUCAUGUGGAACGUCCCCCUACCCCACCUACAAAAACUACUGAAACUCAAACAGAUUAUCGUGAUUCUGAGGCUCAGACUGAUCCCUAUACGCCAGAAUAUGUGGUACAACCUGGUACAGCUCCUGAAUUACUUACACUGGCCACAUUAUCUUAUGGUAGAGGAUUACCAGCAGGCCUAGCUGAAGUUGAAAUGAUAGAAAGAGCUAGAGCUAAGAGAGCGUGGGAAGCUACCUUACCACCCCUUAGUGAUACAUCACAGUUAGAUAAACGUAGAAAAAUGAUGGAUGAUAUGGAAAGAAAGGAAUGGGCUUUACGAGAACAAGAAAUUGAAAGACUUCAAGAAGCUAGAUUAGAAGUUUUGAAGAAAUUAUUAAAACAAAGAGAAGAAAAUCAUCAAGAUUUAAACAGUAAAAGAUUAGAUAAAUUAUGGAGAAAGAAACAGAAAGUCAAAGAAUCUAGAGUCAAGAAAAUCCGAAAUGAGCAUAUUAAAACCAUUCGAAAAUUAACAGAAAAGAGAAGGAAUAUUGAAGGGAAAUUAGAAAGAAGAAAUAUUGUCAAUGAUUAUUCUGAAUUUGGUAGUCAGACAUAUGCGCCUAAAACUAGGAUAGGGAUUUUCUUAGAUCGUGGCUCAGAACAGUUUGUGGUAAAAUCCAGACAUCUUUCUACUUAUCAAGGAUUAUUAGAACUUGAAGCCUCUUUGCCUGAUUUUGUAACCGCACCAAGAGUGAAGGCACCUAAACCUAAAACUGUGACUAAAGCUGGUUUUAUCAAACGUAAAUACCGACAGGAAAGAGAAUUAAUUGAAAUGCAUGAGGCCUUAAAAGAAGCUAAAACUAAAGGUAAAGAAGAGCUGAAACCAUUAAGAUUUUUACAGAAAAUUGAAAAACCAGUUCCACGUCCACCAACACCAUCAGUUGAAGUUCCAUCAGAGGAAGAAGAGGAAAGAGAAUUAGCUACUAUUUUCUUACAACAAGUUAUCAGAGGUAGAGCCAUACAAAACAUGAUGUUUGAAGGAAAGGAGAAGAGAAUAGAAUUAAUUAAGGAAUUAAGAAGUACCCAUGCUCUACAAGAAGCUGAACAGUUACAAAAGAAACAAGAAAUGACAACCACCUUAGCAUUACAACGUCAACGAAGAUUACACGAACAUAAGGUAUCAUUAGUUGAUGAAUCUCUGGGUAACAUGGAAGGUUCUAGUGUUGGUCAUAUGUUAGAUUUCCUCAGUAAAGAAUUAAUCCGUCUGCAAGAAGAAAGAAGAAUUCAUGCCUUCUCAAUGUUAGCUGAGAGACAGAGGCGUAUUCGUGAAGCUGAAGAAAGUGGCAGACGACAAGUUGAAGAGAGAAGACGUAGAGAGCAGGAUGAAAUUUUCAAACAGGUUAUAAAAGUACAUCAGAAUACAGUAGAUAGUUAUCUAGAGAGUAUAAUAAUAGGAGCUGUUAAUACUACUGCUGAUAAUCAAGCUAGAGAAGAAAUACAAGAACAAGCUCAGAAGAUCAAUGAUCUGGCUUAUGAAAUUGAGGACAGGAGAACACAACUUGAAUCUGAAGAAAUUGUAGCAGAUUUAGUUCACUGUUUCUUACUACCUGAAGCACAGAAACAAACUAUGAGAGAAAAAGUGCGAAGUAAUCAACGACGAUAUGUGAUGGCAGCCCAUAAAGAAAUUCAUAAAUCCACUGAAGAUUUGAUC